UAGGAGGAGAAUAGGGAUUGCGGUCAUAAACAAACACACGCAGUGGAGUCGGUAGUGUCUGUGGGGCUGUGCAGCAGCACUGGCUGACUUUCAGGGAAGCUGACCUUCUCGACCGGCAUCGAGAAAUCAGACCGGCUGAAAAAACCCGAACACGAAGAGCGGAUUGUCUCCCACUCUCCCUCCCUCCCUUCCCUCGGAAUCGGCUUAUGUGACACAUUCACGUCCCGGCGGAGAAACGAGAGAAAUAUGACGGAGCUGAGGAAGCGAGGCGGAGGCGGAGCAGACCCUGACAGCGCCGAUAAUAUCAGCGACAAGGAGGCUGAUGGCGAUGACAGGUUGGGGCUGGCAGGUGACGCAGAGGGAGAAUGUGAUGGCGACUCCAAAGCAGACACUCCAGAUUAUCCUCUCGCCACAGCAGACACAGACAACACUCCAGAAUGCCUCAACAAAGCUCUGGAGGGGCUGCCGCCCAGAUGGAAAAACUACUGGAUACGAGGAGUUCUGUCUUUAGCCAUGAUCUCUGGCUUCUUCCUCAUUAUAUAUAUGGGACCUAUUGCUCUUAUACUUGUGGUCAUGUCUGUCCAAAUCAAGUGUUUCCAAGAAAUUAUCACCAUUGGCUACAGAGUUUACCAUUCCUAUGACCUGCCAUGGUUCAGGACACUAAGCUGGUACUUUCUGAUUUGUGUCAACUACUUCUUCUAUGGAGAAACUGUUGCAGAUUACUUUGGGGCUCUGGUGCAGAGGGAGGAACCUCUGCAGUUCCUGGCUCGAUAUCACCGCUUCAUCUCCUUCGCGUUGUACCUCGCAGGUUUCUGCAUGUUUGUGCUGAGUUUAGUGAAGAAACAUUACCGCCUGCAGUUUUAUAUGUUUGCUUGGACCCAUGUGACCCUGUUGAUUGUGGUAACUCAGUCCCACCUUGUCAUUCAGAACCUGUUUGAAGGAAUGAUCUGGUUCAUCGUCCCCAUCUCCAUAGUGAUCUGCAAUGACAUCAUGGCCUACCUGUUUGGGUUCUUCUUUGGGAGGACUCCACUCAUUAAGCUCUCACCCAAGAAGACCUGGGAGGGUUUCAUCGGAGGGUUUUUCGCCACUGUCGUCUUUGGCUUCAUUCUGGCCUACCUCCUCUCUCAGUUCCAGUGCUUUGUGUGUCCCGUGGGCUUCAACAGUGAGUCAAACAGCUUCACAGUCGAAUGCGAGCCGUCUGACAUCUUUGUGAUGCAGGAGUACACACUUCCCACUGUGCUACAAAACACACUGAGAUGGAAAACUGUCAACCUGUAUCCCUUCGCGAUCCACAGCAUCUUCCUCUCGUCUUUUGGAUCUCUCAUCGGACCGUUUGGCGGCUUCUUUGCCAGCGGCUUCAAGCGAGCUUUUAAAAUCAAAGACUUUGCCAAUACCAUCCCUGGCCAUGGAGGCAUCAUGGACCGCUUCGACUGCCAGUACCUGAUGGCCACCUUCACACACGUCUAUAUUGCCAGCUUUGUCAGAGGUCCGAACCCCAGCAAAGUGCUGCAGCAACUGCUGCUGCUCCAGCCUGAGCAGCAGCUCGGCAUCUUCCAUACUCUGCAGUCCCACCUGAGAGACAAGGGCAUCCUCCCACCUGCUGCUGUCCAGGCCGAGUGACGCGGCACCACCUCCACAGGGCGAUGACCUGGGAGGGUGCGAGACGGUUUUCAAAGUUGGCGUAAGCAUGUACACGCAGGCACGCAUGCAGAACAGCCGUAUGGUAUGUGUGUGAUUUCUGGCAUAUAUCGGAGCAUCCAUCGUCAUCCUGUCGGCUCUUCGUUCAACUUCCAAUCAGCUCAAGAUCACAACUUUGAACCUGAGGUGACUACGAGGAACAAUCUAGUAGGAAAGAAACUAAAAACAAAAAGGAAAAGAAAGGUGGCUGCGUUGCUUUUCACUUGGACCGGCAUCAGCUGCAGCACGCUUCACGAGUGAACGGGCCGCCGUCAUCCUUAAAACACACACUGAAGAAAAAGAUGUACUUGCUCAACAACAGUGACUGUAAAGCACGCAGCUUUCUCAGUGGAGGGUCGACGUGCAGAUUCGCUGUGGAUGGCAAAUAUUGCACUACAUUUAGAUUUUAAAAAUGAUUUAAGAAGCUUUUACCAGCAUAAACUGGGCCCAAAGUGUUGAGCACGUGGACCUGAGUUACAGCAAACAGACCUGGGUGUGGGUGAAGUAGUGAUGCAGCAGGGUUGUCAAACAUACUGCUAAAUGAAGCCAUGCUUAGUCUCCACUUCCACAACAUUUAGCUUUUAGGUUUCUGACUAAAUCUAAAAUAACUCGCACAAUAAUAGUCAAACGACUGUAGGCAUGUUAACAGCAUCAGCUGCACACUCAGCACUCGAACAAUGUUGUACAUAAAUCUACUGAAACUAUUUAGCAAUCAAUGCAUAUAAUAUAUUACUUCUUUAUGUGACCUGCUGCAGAAAAAGACUUUUAAGCUAUGAGAAGUGAUAUGCAAAAAAAAAGAGAUGUAACUCAUUUGUAGCUUUGAGCAUGAAGAAAUUAGAUUUUUAACAGGUAGCAAUGUAGAGGUGUUUGGGUGACCCUUUGCUUGACUGUAAAAAAAAAAAAAAAAAAAAAAAGAUAAUUUAAAGGAAUAGGUUGAAUAGUGGUUUGUGGGAAAUGUAGUCAGUGGGUUUCUGUCUUUGAGCUGAUAAAAAGAUCAGUAGCACUGUCCUCUCUGUCUAUAAGCACAGCAAUACAGUAGAAAAUAUAGAAAAUAUUAUAAAGAUCAAUGGAAAAGUUUUUAAAAAGUCACAAAUGUGGAGCAGCAGAACAUAGUUUUAUAGUGUCAUUACUAUACCUAUUAUAUAGCACCAAAUCACAACAGCAGUCGCCUCAAGGCGCUUUAUAUUGU